AUAUUACUUCAGGUCCAUUACAGCCUCUUAGGGGAACAGUUGCUUAUCAGACUUAUCUUCCUUACCAGGCAAGUUGUUGUGCUACACUGUGGAGGUACAACCAUUGUAGGUUCUGUGGUUGAAAUUGCUGGAGGAUUAGUAAGUGUGAAAGAGUCGAUCACAUCUUCCUCUGUUGCAGGGGAUUCCCUAACUGAUUUACUUGUGCAGCACUUUGCAAAGGAAUUUUAUGCGAAAUAUAAGGGUGAUCCUCUUGAGAGCAAACGAUCUAAAAGGAAGUUAUAUAAUGCUGCUGAAAAUGGCAAGCAUGUCCUUUCCACAAUGGGAACAGCUCAGGUCUAUGUUGAAUCUCUGUGGGAAGGUGUUGACUUCUCCACAACUCUCUCUCGGGCAAGAUUUGAAGGCAUAGUCUCCUCAGCUCUCUCGAGCUUUCUGCAACCAGUCAGGGAGGCGGUGCAGAGGUGUGGUCUAACAGUGGACAAAAUCCAGAAGGUUAUUCUCACUGGAGGCUCUGCAAAGAUACCGAAACUGCAGCAGUUAGUUAGUGAUGCCUUCCCUCAUGCUGACUUUUUGUGCAGCAUCCUUCCUGAUGAAGUCCUUGCAGCUGGGGCUUCAACAGAAGCUGCACUGCUGUUAGGACAGCCCUCACAUGUGCCCCUGGCUUCUACCACGGUCCCAGCUCUGGCUACCUCAAUUUAUUGCCUGGUAGCAGGUAGUGAGAGCAAUGAAUGCGUGUUCAGCAGGGGUACUCCAACACAUGCACGGCAGAGUCUGAGUUUAGCCUUACCAUGUCCUGCGCCUUCCCCAUGCUCCAUCAUAGUUUAUGAGGAGGAGACCUUAACACAGACACCAGCAGAAAAUGCAGUCCUAGCUCAAGUUGAUGUCACAACAUUCUUAGAAAGCUCAAAAUUUGUUAAAAUGGACUUUCACCUGAAAAGUGAUGGAAGUCUCCAUGUUACGUUACAGGAGCCAAAGGCCAAAGUUAAUCAAUCUUUUAUUAUUGAAGCAGAUAGGAGUUGAGAUAGGUAGUAUCUAGAUGCAUUAUCCCUAUGUGAAAAUUUCAAGCAAUUAAUAAAUAGCCUACUUAUUGCCAAAAUUGUUUUAUUGGUUUAAGUAAGCAAAGGACCUUUUUUUAUAAAGUACAAAUUUAGUCUCCCAUAAUAUGUGCUAGGUACUCACACAGUUGUAUCAGUUGGUAUGAAAAUUAUUAGUUUUAUUGUCAUAAAUUCUAUAUAUGAUAAUGGCUGAUGUCCUGUCUUUCCUGUGAAAAAAAAAUCCAUGUUUAAACUACCAAAGAAUUUAAUGAAUUGCUUAUCAGUGAUAUAAUAAUACAGAAUUGAUAUUACAAAAACACUAUCUAGCUUCUAGAUAAUGGUUAAUUUAAAAAAAAGGAAUUCAUUGCACAUAGGUGCCUUAAUAUGUUGUAAAAACAGUAUUUUAUUAUUUGUGUUGUGAAAGAUUACUUAUUGUGGCACAGACUUACAAGGAGAGGUUGAAACUGACCAAGUGAACUGUGCCUUCAAUGUAUCAUAAAAGGUUUCCUCCAAUCCUUCAGGAACAAGUGACACAGACUGAUAUCUUUAAUUGAAAAUGGACCCCCUUUUGUGAUUGGUUAUGAUAUUUAGACUGUAUGAAGGCAAAGUUUGAUUUUUCUCCCAUGUAAAUGGACUUCAGAUCAGCCACCUCCUGUUUUGAAAGGGUUAAUGUUGUUAGAACUACAAGAAUGUAUUCUCUUGGUUCUUGUAAACUGCAUUGGGAAACAUAUAUGUAACAUUUUUCUCUUACCUCAGGAAGAGACUCUCAGCACCCUCAAUACACAAGAUUUAGAUGAA